AUGGUCAAAUCAGAAGCAAGAGCUGCUCAAAAAAACCAACGCUCGAAGGUGAACGCUAUCACGGAGAAGCCUCUGACGCUGGUUUACGAAGAAAAGGAGGAGGUUCAGAUCCACCCCAACCAGUCGGAGGCGACCACCUUCAUAGCCGCUGAUCUGCAAAGCGCAAAGAAGGCAGAGUUGGUCGCCUGCUUUAGACUAAAUUAUGAUGUGUUCGCUUGGUCGACACAUGAGCUUCCCGGCAUCUCGCCGAGUAUCGACCGCAACAUGGAAGUAUAUGUCGAUGACAUAUUAAUAAAACCCCUCCAAGCUGUUGAUCUUUGUGCAGCCAUUGGCGAGACCUGCCAAACUCUGAUGGCUUAUGGAAUAAAGCUGAACCCGAGAAAAUGUCUGUUUGGUGCGAAGAGCGAUUGA